AUGACCAGCUCCUCCACUUCGACCCUGCUGGGGGCCGUCGCGCUGGCGACGGUUCUCUUCGUCCUCUCGCGAAUCAGAAGGGGCAGCCCGCCUCGCAAACCGCUCAAGCUCCCAAUCAUCGGCGACCUCCACAGCUCGCCGCGGGAGAGGCCCCUCUUGAACUGGGACGAAUGGGCCAGGACCAACGGGCCGGUGGCCGCGUCGAAGCUGUUCGGCAUCGUCCCGAUGGUGGUCCUCAACACCUCCGCCGCGGCGACGGAGCUCUUCGCGAAGCGCAGCGCGCGCUACAGCAACCGGCCGAGCUCAGUGAGCAUGGAGAUGAUCACCGGGUCCGGCCCGGGCAAGUCCCGGUUCACCUUGAUGCACGACUACGACGCCGACCUGAAGCUGCACCACCGCAUGCUAUCGCCCAGCCUCGGGGCCGUCGCCGCGCCGCGGUACCAGCCCCUCAUGGAGCUCGAGUCGAAGCAGUUCCUGGUCGAUCUGCUGAGCGCCACAGCAGCAGCAUCAGCAGCAGCAGCAGCAUCGCGGGGGGGCAAAGACGACGACGACGACGCGGUCAUGGAGAGCACCGAAAUCCACCGUCUCUUCGAGCGCACGCAGGCCAGCGUCAUCCUGGGGCUGCACUACGGCAUCCGCGUGCCGUCCGUCAGCGACCCCGUCCUUAGCCGCAUCGUCGACGUGCACGAAAAGGUCACCCACGUCGCCGCCAACCCGAGCCUCGUCGACUUCGUCCCGCCCCUGCGCCACCUGCCAGCGUUCCUGUCUCCCUGGCGCCGCGCCGCCGACAGGCUGUUUCGGUCGCAGAGCGAGCUCUACCUCUUCCUGCUGUACCAGGGCAUGAACGCAUCCGGCUGGAACGCCACGAGGCAGGCGCGCGCCGUUGCCGCCAAGCACGCCGGGGACGCGAAAGGGGCCGGCGUGCCGGAGAUGGACCUCGCCUUCACGCUCGCGACCAGCGUCCAGGGCGGCAUGGAGACCGCGCCCAGGCAGAUGAUGUGGCUCCUGGUCGCCGCGCACGCGAACCGGGACUUUCUGACGCGCGCGCACGCCGUCCUGGACAAGUUCGUCGGCAGGAAGAGGCUGCCGCGGUUCGCGGACCGGCCGAGGCUGUCGUACGUCGACGCCAUCGCGUCCGAGGUCAUGCGGUGGCGGCCGGUGGCGCCCGGGAGCAUCCCGCGGCGGGCGGACGGGGAGGACGAGAUCCUCGGCAAGCGCAUCGUCGAGGGGGCGACGCUGUUCGCGAACUCGUGGGCCAUCGGGCGGGACAAGGAGGUCUUUGGGGAGGAGGUGGGCGACCUCGGGGACUUCGUGCCGGAGAGGUGGCUGGACGUGGACGGCGGCAUGCGCACCGAGCUCCCGCUGGCGGUCUUCGGCCACGGCAGGAGGAGCUGCCUGGGCAAGCGGGUGGCGACGGACAACAUCUUCAUGGUGUUUGCCAGCCUGCUGUGGGCGUUUGAGAUCGUGCCCGUGGAGGAGGUCGACACGAUGGCCAUGGACGUGGCGGGCUUCAUGACGGCGCCCUCGGGGUUCAGGUUCGGCAUCAGGCCGCGCGGGCCGUGGGUCGAGGAGGUGAUCCGGAGCAGCUGGAAAGGGGCCGAGACGGACUUGGGCAGGGUCAUGGGGGAGUGGUCAGACAUUGAUACCCGGUAG